CGCAGCGCAGCUAUUUUUAUUCAGCACAACCAUUUCAUACAAUUCAGGGUGAGAGAGACUCACUCGCCUCUGCGUUAGUAAUUGAAUUUCCUGCACCAUUUAGUGGCGCUUCGUGUCUCGUGUCGGAAGUCGGCAAAACCCAUUGGUAGCUACGUACUUCGUCAAUAAAAUAAUUCAACGUGUAAAAUGGAACAAAAGCAAUUAAAUUGUCUACGCAUUUCUUUUGCUGUUUUAAGUUUCCUUUUGUAUUUAAAAGCUGCAACUGCAGCAGUGCCGACAGCCGUCAAGCUGAGGCAACGAACUCAUGCGUUUGCAACGUGGAACGCGAAACUCCAGCCACCGCACGAACUGCGCCGGUCGCCUUCAAACGCUUUAUUAACACCCAUCGACCAGCUGGCUGAGUCUCCAUUGCGCCAUACUCAUAAGCGUCUCACGCGUGCCGCUAACGAUGGUGAAGAUGGUGUUGAUUACGAUAAUUACGAUUACAAUGGCGGCAUUCUACCCUGGAACGAGCAACAGCUCGAGGUUUCAAAUGAGGUUGAAGGCGGUGUGGAUUUUCAAUGGAUCAGCGAUAGUUUUGGACCAAUGUGGGAAUCUUUGAUUGAAUUGCUGAAGCAAGUCAUUAAUGCUGUGUGGCAAUUUUUCACGGCAGACGAGAAUGAUGAUGAAGGAGGUGAUGAGAAUGGGGAUGAAACUAUGUAGCGAAUAGCAGCUAUGUAUGCACGUAGGUGCCGCUAUUCGCAAGCUAAUGACCCUGG